CAUGCUUUGGAGAAAGUUAUUGCCUCUGAACAAAAAAUGCCCUCGGCUAGGGUUACUCGGACCAAAUCCCGCAUGAAUAAGGAAAAUUUACAGCUACAUUCAAAUAUAGAUGCUUUAAAUGCAAAACCAACAAAAAUACAAUCUGCUCAAAAAUUGACAUCUACCAUAAAAGUGGCAAGUGUCUCUAAGAUAGCUACUCUCUCUGCAAAGAAAUUCAAUUCAUCAAAAAAUACGACUCCACAAAUCGUUAAGAAUACCAAGCUCGUAUUGCAGUCCGCACAAAAGUCGAAGUCACCUGCCAAAGAUGAUUCUUUGAAGAAGCAGGCUAGGGAAGAGGAAGCUUUGAAGAAAAAGGAGCAGUUGCUCCUAGAAAAACAGGAAGAGCGGAAACGCAAACGUCUAGAGAAGGAAAGAUUAGCUCAACAAUCAAGAGAACAACAAGAGAGAGAAAAACAAGAAAAAAUCGCGAAAGAAAAGGAAAGGAAACAAAAAUUGAUACAAGAGAGAGAAGAAAAGGCCAAGGAAGAAAUGCGAUUGAAAAAAUUGCAAGCGCAGCAAAGGGCGCAGGAAGCUGAAAUGCGAAGGAAAGCAGAAGAGGCAGCAAGGCUUGAAAAAUUGAAACAGAUACAAGAAGAACAGAGAAAAUUAGAGAUGCAAGUAAAGCUUGCAGCAGAGGAAGCUAGAUUAAAGGCACAAGAAGCAGAAAAAAAGCAACAGCUUCACUCAAAUGCGAAAUCAGAUGCUACAUUUGUACAUCCGAACCCAGAAGAAAGCAUAUUGGAUUAUAGCAUUGCCCCAGUAGCUAUGGCUGAUGGUUUUGAAAAUCUUCAAUCGGAUUAUUCCACUGAUGAAGAUGAAAAACCAACAAAGAAUAAUAAACAGAGGCCUGAUUGGAGCAAACCUGAAGCACGGCAAGCUGCAAUUAUAAAUCAAGCAAGAACGUCAACAAAAUUAGUAGAUCUGUUGUUUAAUGUGAAAGCGACCACACCAGAUUUGAGAGUUAUAUUCCCAGGAAUUAGCAAAGACAAAUUAAAUCGAAGAUCUAGUGCUGUCUGGAAGACACCUCCUAGGUACUCAAUGCUACCUCGAUUUUAGAGAUAUUUUAAAUUUUGUAUAUAGUCAAUUUUAAUAUUAAUCAAUUAAUUUCAACCUUUUUAAAUCUUUGUUUAAAUGUUUAUGUAAUAUAUUGUUAUUGCUGUAAGCAUGUGUCACUACAA